UUAUUGUGGGAACAGAUCAUAGAUCACAGGACAGAGAAAGAGAACGAGAAAGAGAAACAGAGGUAUGGAAGUUGAGGAAGAAGGUGCGAGGCUUAGCAUUUACAAGGCGGCGAGAAGCAUAAAGCGAAGAGACAACAGUUUAUACAACGCUCUCAGAUCGAUCUACCAAGACUCCAUCUUUGUCUCUGAAAUCUCUGUCCUAUGGCCUCAGCUCCCUCUCCUCGCCAACCUCCGCUGUGGUCUCUGGUAUUCUCGAGCCUUCCACUCCACCUGCUAUUUCAAAUCCACCGACGGCCACACCAACAACUGCUCCUUCAGCACCGCUCGCCUCAACCUUUACGUCGCCCAACUCGCCGGAAAGAAGGGAGGCUGCAUCAUCGUUGAUUCCACUCGAAGAGGAAAGCGCUUCCCUGAUAGCAUGUCCAAAACUAUACCUAUUUGGACCUGUGUUUUCAAUCGGGCCAUCAGGGACUUUCGUGACUCUAAUGGUUGUGAUGAAAGUGUUCGUGAAUGGGAUUGCUCCUUGCACCUUCCCCUGUGGGUUUCUCAAACAGAAAGAGCUUCCAUUGAGAAGAGGUUAGAGGAAUGGACUCUGUUAUUGAAAGCAAGUGGGGCUGAUAUUGCAUCCCUUGCUGCCUGCUUAAGGAAGCCCUUGCGCCCUCUCUGGAUUUCGCAGAAAACUGUCAUCUGGUUAAAUGAAGUGCCUCAUCAUGAAUCUUGGGAUUUCACACCCAUCAUUCUUGUGUCAGCUUCUUCAUCAGUUGGUGUGAGCCAACAUGGUACUACCUCUGAGUUCAGCUGGAAUUACAUACCCGGUGCAGGAGAUGAUGAAGAAAGCUGGGCCAGGGGUUUAUCACCUGUCCUUUUCUGGAAACAUGUUUAUGAUCUUAUAAACUCAGGUCCUGAUGUGUGCAACCAGAAGGUUGCAGAUAUAGUUGAAAAGAGUAGAGUAAACCGUGCUUAUAGAGGAGAAAGUGCACCACAGAUAACAGUUAAGCCCCUUAAGUCAUCCUCUCUUACACAGGAAGAACCAUCAGUGACUUUCGAUGCUUCGAUUGUUAAAACUAAUGCCAAGUCUUCUGAAGAUUCUGGAUUUUCUUGGUUGGGGUCAACUAAUUUGGCAGUUGGCACAUCUCGAAUUGCUGCAGAUGCUGCCAAUGUAGAUUGCAUACUGAAUUGUGAUCAGGAGUCCUUCUCUGUCUGUCUUCCCAGUGCUGAAUCAUAUUUGCAUCUACCAAUGAUGACUUCAAAGUUUGAUAGAUUUUCUUUAUUGAUCAAUCUUCCUAAAGCGGUGAGCUUUGCAAAGUUCAAUCUCAGCCAGGGAAAAAGACUUCUAGUUUGUUGCAAUAAUGGGGAAGAUAUUAGUGUAUGUGUUUGUUUAGCAAUCUUAAUGUCAUUAUUUGAUGAAAAAGGUACUUUUGAUGAUGGGAAAUUCUUCAACGCAGCACAAGUCACUAAAUGGGAUAUGAGGCGACGGCUUGUAUAUUUAUGUAAGUUUGCAACAGAUGCUAGACCAUCUAGAGGAAAUUUGAGGCAAGUUUUCAACUUUCUGAUUGGUGGAAAAUGCGAUCAUGAUUUGGACUAAUUGGAAGCACCUGAAUGAUUGAUUACCUUAAACUUGAAACAAUUCCAGAAUCUGUUCCCAGAUAACUGAUGUAUGCCUAAGUUUAUUCGAAGUUGAUGACUAUCUUAAUAAUUCUUAGUUUCAGACUGUUAAAUGUCUGAUUAGGUGAUAGACUCUAGCAACAUGGGCUAAACAUUCAAUAUUCCUUUAGGGAAAUAAUGUUUUAUAAUUAGUUUUAUAUUGAUACCUUAUUUAACAACUGACUUUGUUGAAUCAAUACAUUUGAAAAUUCAUCCCUUA